AUGAUGAAGUGCACUCUGGUUCUGAUUCUAGAUCAGUGGAAUGGAGAAGAGGCGUUUGGAUCCGAGGAGAAGGAAGAGCACGACAGAACGGAACUGAGACUUGUUCUGAUUGGCCGCACUGGCUCAGGCAAGAGCGCGACAGGAAACACCAUCCUAGGACGACGUCACUUCCUGUCCGCACUGAGGGCCGGUUCGGUGACACACGUGUGCGAAUGCGGCCGCAUGUACGAAGAGUCCUGUGGGACGACAAAGAACAUCCUCAUUGUAGACAUGCCAGGAUUCGGAGACACCCGACUUGAUGAGACUAGCGUUCACGAUGAAAUCGCGGAAUGCAUUACGCUCACGGCUCCCGGGCCACACGCCUUCCUGCUGGUGAUCCCGCUAGGACGAUACACAGCAGACAUAGAUCAGGCCGUCGCGCAAAUGCUGUGCAUGUUCAGCGAAGAGGCGCUUCGCCACACGGUGGUGGUAUUCACACGCGAAGAGGAGCUGGACGACGAUGGCAUCGAGAGUUUCCACGAAUCAGCUCCGGAGCAACUGAAGAUCCUCCUGCGCGACUGUGGCAGACGCUACUGCGUCUUCAACAACCAAGUGCCGGAAAACCGCAGGCAAGUGAACACGCUGCUAACGAUGGUGGAUAGCAUGGGCGGAGCUUGUUUCAACAACAGCGUGUUCACACUGAUCGGGCAAUACGUGAUGAGCAGCGGCGGCGCAGUCGCAGCAGACACCAAGCCCUGCGAUCAGCACUCAGUCGUGUAUGAAGUGAAGUCGCGCUCUCGGGGAAAGUUCUGGAGCGUGUGA